GUGUGGACGUCUGUGGAAGUGUGAGAGCAUCAUGGUGGCGUUUAAAGGAGUCUGGACUCAGCCCUUCUGGAAAGCAGUUUCAGCAGAAUUCUUGGCCAUGCUCAUUUUUGUCCUCUUAAGCCUGGGCUCCACAAUCAAUUGGGGUGGAGCAGAGAAGCCCCUGCCUGUAGACAUGGUCCUUAUCUCCCUCUGCUUUGGACUCAGCAUUGCAACCAUGGUGCAGUGCUUUGGACACAUCAGUGGAGGCCACAUUAACCCUGCUGUGACCGUGGCAAUGGUCUGCACGAGGAAGAUCAGCCUCGCCAAGUCUGUCUUCUAUAUUCUUGCCCAGUGCCUGGGAGCCAUCGUGGGCGCAGGCAUCCUGUACCUCGUCACACCACCGAGCGUGGUGGGAGGCCUGGGAGUCACUGCGGUACAUGGGGAUCUUUCCGCUGGCCAUGGACUCCUGGUGGAGUUGAUAAUUACAUUCCAGCUGGUUUUUACUAUUUUUGCCAGCUGUGAUUCAAAACGAAGUGAUGUCACUGGUUCAGUAGCUUUAGCGAUUGGAUUUUCUGUUGCAAUUGGACACUUGUUUGCUAUCAAUUACACUGGUGCCAGUAUGAACCCUGCUCGAUCAUUUGGACCUGCUGUCAUCAUGGGGAGAUGGGAAAACCAAUGGGUAUAUUGGGUGGGACCAAUAAUAGGAGCAGUCCUUGCUGGUGCUCUUUAUGAGUAUGUCUAUUGCCCAGACGUUGAACUCAAGCGCCGUUUUAAAGAUGUCUUCAGUAAGGCUACCCAGCCAUCCAAAGGAAAAUACAUCGAAGUGGAUGAUAACAGGAGCCAUGUAGAGACCGACGACCUGAUCCUGAAGCCUGGCAUAGUUCAUGUGAUUGAUAUUGACAGGGGCGAGGACAAGAAGGGAAGAGAUCCAUCCAGCGAGGUGUUGUCUUCUGUAUGACUAGCAAGAAGCACUGAAAGCAGAGAGCAGCCUACUAGUCUGUCCACAGAUAUCCUUCCACCCAUUAAAGAAACAGAUCUCCUCUAGACUGAGUGUCUACCAUUUCUUAAAAGGUAUGGUGUGGGCAGCUGGGUGGUAGUGGUGUCACCAAACCAUACACCUGCUCAGUUGGAAGAUUAGGUCUUUGCUAUAAUUAGGAUUCCCCACCUAUUGUUGCAAAUCAGGAGUUGUUCCUACUACUUUCCUUUCCUUCUUUCUGGAACAACCCCAAAGUCAAAAAAAGAGAUGAAACUAUUCUCCUUUAAUAAAUCAGUCAAUAAUGAGAUUAAGAUAGAGAUGUUUAACAUUCAGAUUGACAGUUAAGACAUAUCAGGAAAUGCCUAUAGACAUGAAGACCUACUUAUCAGAUUGUUCUUCUGACACUUAAUUGGCUGUUGUCAGCUCUGAUUAGAACAUCUUAUCCAUUAAGCAUUCUCUGUGAGGUUCAGAGACAGCACCAACACUAUCUAAGAGUUUUAUCCACUGUCAAGCAAAGGAGUGUUGUUUCCAGUCAUGUACAUCACUAUUGCCUUGCAAACUGCCUCUGAAAAAAUUAUACUUUAAUAGGUUUAAAAAAAAAUAAAUUCUAUAAGCCCAUCAAAUUUCACUCAUGUGAUUUGCAGUAUAAAUCUAUUACCUUCAUCCCUUCCUGGGAGUAAAUACACUGAAAUUGAAUGUUGGAGUCUAUUGUAAAAAGGCUGCAAAGCAUUUGACUGUACUUCAUACUCCCUCUUGUCAUCGUCUAUCUGAUGAAAUAUUCUCCUGAGGUUUGACUGUUGACCAUUUAGUUUUAGCAGACUCUCAAGGUCAUGCAAAGAAUAUAAAGGCUUUCCUGUUACUUAAUAACUCAAAUAAGAGAUAUCAGAAGAAGGCAUAUCUGUUUUCAGUGCACUUGUUCAAAUACACAUUUCUGUGCUAAUUUAUGUAAACUAAAGGUUUAAAUUACUUACCUACUUUCUUACA